AUGGACCGGAGUGGUAAUCAGGAAGACCAAAGAUCCUCAGCUCCUUCCUCUAGCCGAUGGACUGAUGGCGAAAUCAGGAUCUUCCUGAUGGAGUGGGAAGUCGUGGAACAGGAAGUGGGCCACCCAGGCAGGAAGAUCCACAAGAAGACAAGGGCUCUAUGCCAGCGCCUCUACCAGAGGGGCCUGAAGAAAACGUGGAAGAGCUGUUUUGACCUGCUAGUGAAUCUGCAGAAUGUGCACAGGAUCUUGUGCAGCGAGAGACCAGGAAACGUCCCAUUAUUCUCACCAUAUACUCAGGCCCUUUACAGGAUCCUGGGCCCCAGACCCCAGGCAAUCCACUUCCCAGGACCUAUAUAUGAUGGAGCAGGUUAUCCCUUGGUUCCCAUGGAACCUCAACCUCCAAUGGUGCUGCCACAUCCUCUGUACCAUCCUUGGGACAAUGGCUUCCAGGUUUCCCCCGGGGAGCAUCAAUGGACCCCAUCGGCCAUGUACUCCAAUGGGUACUCAGGGUUUCCACAGUGGGACACCUGGGAUGCCAGCUCUUAUUAUCCAAGCCCACAACUGUUUCCUCCCUCUGUCCCCGGAGAUACCAGCAUACAGGACCCGAGUUCUUCGUCUUAUGAUCAUAUCCAAGGCCCUCAGUGA